AUGGACAAUCCGGGCAUGAACUCCUUCGUGGAGUUCGCGAUUUGUAACCGCGGCUCCUUCCUGCCCGCCGAGCCCGCCUCGCCUCCCUUCCCUCCGUGCUCGGGGAGCCCCGGCAGGGCCCCCGCGGGCGGGGACGGUCCUUUCGGGCUGCCCGGAGCCCCGGCGGCCGCGGGGCACCUCCCGCAGCAGAGCUUCCACCCUUCCUCCUCCUCCUGCUCGCGCUUCGCCAGCCCGGCCUACCCGAGCCCCGCGGGCUACCAGCAGCUCUACCUGGGCCAGCAGGACUCGGACGGGCUCUUCUUCCCGGGGGCCGGGUACCCCCCGGGCCCCGCCUCGCUGGCCCAGGGCUACUGCGGGCCCGCGGGGCCGUUCCAGGCGCCCUUCGAGCAGCAGGGCUACCUGCCCGGCCUGUACGGUGGCCACGAGGAGCAGGAGCCCGCGGGCCCGCCCGAGCCGUGCCCCGGGGCCGGGGGAGCGCAGACCUUCGAGUGGAUGAGGGUGAAGAGGAACCCCCCCAAAACUGGCAAAGCGGCCGAGCCGGGGCUCCUGGGGCAGCCCAACGCCAUCCGCACCAACUUCAGCACCCGGCAGCUGACGGAGCUGGAGAAGGAAUUCCACUUCAACAAGUACCUGACGCGGGCCCGCCGGGUGGAGAUCGCCGCCACCCUGGAGCUCAACGAGACCCAGGUCAAGAUCUGGUUCCAGAACCGCCGGAUGAAGCAGAAGAAGAGGGAGAAGGAAGGGCUGGCCCCGGCCGCCGCCUCCAGGGCGGCCAAGGACGCGGCCGAAGCCUCGGAUCAAUCCAACUGCACCUCCCCCGAGGCUUCCCCCAGCUCCGGCUCCUCCUGAACCCCCCGAAACCUCCCGGGGGUGUCCCCGAGGGGCUGCGGAGGAGCUCCAGCCCUCCCCGGGUCCCUCCGAGCCCUGGCUGUUCCCACGAGUCCCUCUCUUUAAUUUAUAGCCCCUCGCAAAGCGCUGGACUCCCGAGGAGCCGUGUGCGGUGUCCGGAGCCAUUUCCGUGUCUCAGGGACCUUUCUGCCUUUCCCCCUCUCCUUUAGGAACUGCACUUUCAACUCCAGAAAAAAACAAAAAUAUCCACAACUCCCAAAACUUUAAAACGAAUUUAGUUCGCUCCCCUUUGGAAAAAAAAAAAAAGAAAAGAUUUCUCCCCCCCCGUCCGAUGCGGUUUUUUCCUCUUUGCGAGAUUGUAAAAAAAAAAAAAAAAUUAACAAAAUCAGGAAAAAUUGGGAGUUUAGGGCAUUUCCCCCCUCCCUUCCUUUUUAUUUCCCAUUUGUAUAUCUUGGAACGAGAUCCGAGGUGCCCAAGAUGCUCGAGGCCUCUGCACAGAGCCAAACCCCGAGGGAAAAAGAAAAAAAAAAAGAGAAAAGAAAGAAAAAAAGAAAAAAACACCUUUUUUUCCCCAUUUUUGCACUAUUUCUGCUAUACAGGGUUUUGGUUUUUAUAUU